UUUCAACCAUCAAAGAGACCAAAAAUGACUACCAAAUACUGCCUAGUGUUGCUCCUUGGGGUGGUUCUUCUCUGCAGCACUGCCUCACUAGCUGACCACCAUGAGCCUUCCAAACAUGACCCCAAAUCUCCAAUUCACAAGCCCCAUUCUCCUCCUAAACACAAACCUCCGACCCCACUUGAUCAUGGGGACAAGCCAUUUCCCGAACACAAACCGCCUCUUAAGGGUAAGGGAGAGAAGCCUCCACCGGAGCACAAGCCACCGCAUGAGGGUCACUCCGGACGCCUUUUAGUUGAAAAAAAUUCACCAAAUUUGGAUGGUAAACCUCCUAAGAGAUCAGAAAAGCCGCCACCCCCGAAACACAAGCCACCAACCCAACUCGACAAAGAAGAGAAGCCAUUCCCUGAAGACAAACCACCUCAGAAGGGUAAGGGAGAGAAGCCUCCACCAGAGCACAAGCCACCGCAUGAUGGUCACCCCGGACGCCUUUUAGUUGAAAAAAAUUCACCAAGUUUGGAUGGUAAACCUCCUAAGAGAUCAGAAAAGCCGCCAUCCCCCAAACACAAGCCACCAACUUCAGUGACUUCAGUCGACAAAGAAGAGAAGCCGUUUCCUGAACACAAACCGCCUCCCAAGAAUAAGGGAUCAGACAAACCACCACAUGAUCAUCAUCCUGGACGUCGUCUACUGGAGUCGUCUUCUCUUGAACGAAAUUCACCAAGUUUGGAUGGCAAAAGUCCCCAUGAUCAUCAUCAUCCUGGACACCCUUCAAAGGAAGAUGCCAAAGACUCUCACACCACACCUCGAAAGUUGAAGCCUCCAACCGCGCCUGAAAAGAAGCCGCCAAGCCCCUCUCACAAGCCACCCCACAAGCCUCCAUCAGGGAACUGAGUGCAUGUUUAUAUAUGUAGAAAUUAAUAAGAGCUGCAACAUAUGCUACCUAUCUUGGCAGUCACUGUUCUAUACAUGGAACAGUGACGACCUAUGUUCACGUUGUGUCCUCGUUUUAGUGUUUGUACUCUGAUUUGUAGCUUACUUGCCUCGUACUACUACCUUCAUUUUAAUGAAUCCUUUUCAAUCA